AUGGGUAACCUUCAAUCGACCCAGACGAAGGAGGAGACAAGACGCUCCAACCGACUAUCCAAGCCAUUAACUAAGAAGCUUGCCCUUAGCUCUCCGCAAAUUUCGCGCGAGGAGUAUGAAGAAUCGGAGCUCACAUCCGGGUUAAUUGGGUGGGAAAACCCCUGGGUGGGUUCAAAGAUCUCAGAGUUGAAGCGGUUUCCAAGCACCAAAGCCAGAGAGAUUUCGAUUCCAUUCAGAUCAAAAUCAAAGAAAACGAAACAUGAUUCAGCUGCGACAGAUCCUCUACCGCUCACCAGCUCUCUUGCAUCCAGUGUUCCAGUUAAAAGAGCCAGCCAGCCCGUGGUAUCGACAACCCCUCAACUGUCAGCCGCGCAUCAUCCAAGACGAGCGAAUUCAGUUCAACUUGGUCUCCAAAGAAGUGAGAGUGUUAUAUAUGAGAAUCCCAUGGAAGAUGCCGCCUCGUCCAAUACCCAUUUCUUAGUGGGUAACCAGCGUUUCUCGCUCACCCGCCGACGGUCUCUGUUGACUCGUCCUGGAGUGGCUACCCGACGGACUACUGGUGCGAUUCGACGUGUCCCAUCUCCAAUUGGAGAGCCUGAAAUGAAUGAUUCUGAAUCCACCAUGUUGAACUGGUCCCUCCCGCCUCGUCAGAGACCACCGCUGGGUCUGACUCUCCCCCACAGACCCACCAGCCCCGCAGAUGCGCAGUAUACCCAGUUAGGCGCCUUGAAAUUGGGUUCUUUGCGUGUGGUGAAUGGUUCUGCAUCUCCGUGUCCCAGUGAGCGUAUUCCCCUGGAUCGAUCUACAGUCGGCAAGGGCCUGGGCCUGGAGAAUGUUAAGACAAUGUGUCCAAAGACAACUGUGCAAAUUCCUGUUGUAUCUGAUAUCAAGAAAUCGGAUGAUCUCCCAGCAAGUCCAUUCUCAUUUGAGAAAUCGCCAAUCAUUUCUGUGCCAUCAAGAGGAAAGGCUGUUUUCACCACAGAACCUGAGGAGAACAAGAUGAUCAUCGUGGAGGAUGUCACGCAACUGGAAAAGAGUGCCGCCGAAGUGGUUCUGGACAAGGCUACUGCCUCUCGAUCUCUCAGCAAGUCGGAUAGCGGAUACAGCUCCGCCACUUCCCUCCGCUCCAUUCACCGAAGUCGGACAAGAAACUCUGUUGACUCUCAAUUGUCGAUAUCCCAAGUCACAGAGGACAAAUUCCACCGCCAUCUCAGUCUUCAGGAAGAGAUGAAGCCAGGAAACUACUCUCGACCAAAUCCAACUUCUACACGCUGGUAUGAUGGAAAUGGACCCAAUACGCAAAGACGACUUGGAAUUCGCCGAUCUACGCUAUGCGCCCCACGCUACUCGGAAUACCCAACUCAGAACGAUCUUGUACCGGCCACCACGGAAUACCCAUUCAUCUACCAGAAAGAGGAAACCAUUUCCAGCAGAGGCCCUCUUUACGCGGAUCGUUGCUCUACAUACAGCUCGAGCUCAUCAACUACCAUGGAACGAAUUACCAGCUCAAGCCAAAGCAGCAGCAAGACCCGAUCCCAAGUGCGCCGAUCUUCCUCGGAGCAUUACUUUAAUCGAGCCGAAAAACUUGAUUCUGCACCUUCCUCUCGCUCCCGAAGUCGAACCAGUGGUCGUAACUGGAGUCAAAGACCUGGUAUUGAAGCACCUCCUUUACCCACAAUCUUGUCUCCUGGUCAUGCACCCGCUGCAUUUGAGGAUGCAGAGGAGGAAUAUCCCCUUUCACAUUGCCGGGGUCGUCCCCGCAGUCGGAGUCAAGAUUACCGUCGUAAACUGACCAAGACGCAUCACCAGCCUAAUCUUCAUAUGACAGCGUCUACUUUUGCUCUUCGUUGA